UCUCUCUUGCUCCAGUCUUGAUCUUACCUUCGCCAAACGAACACGAGCGUUCUCCCUACACCUACGAAACCGCACGUUGCUCUCGUUAUACUGGCUCAUUUACGGUCCAACGCGAGAUUUCAGUGAGAGUCGCAAAAUCCGAGGCUGAACGAUACUUCAGAACUUUGUCACAGAAAUGUUGAGAGUCCGAUCCAUAUCGAUCCAAUUGGGCUUCAUUUGCCUCUUUAUACUUAAUCUACGUAUCGUCUGUAGUUUAUCAUUAACAACGGUACGAAAUGGCACGUUGAUAGGUGCGACAAUGCGUACUAGACUCGGAAGAGACAUUCAUGCAUUCUUGGGAAUUCCCUAUGCUGCACCACCGAUUAAAGAACUUAGAUUCCAGCCGCCGCAACCCGCAGCCGCCUGGAAUGGUGUGCGAGCGGCUGUGGAAAACGCCGAGAUAUGCACGCAACGGAAUAUUUAUACGUAUCAGGAGGAGAUCGUUGGCAGCGAGGAUUGCCUUUACCUAAACGUCUACACGCCGCGACUUCCGCACUUCGGAGCGCCAUUGUCCAUCGAUUCCCACCGAUAUCCGGUUAUGAUCUGGUUUCACGGUGGCGGAUGGGUCACCGGUGCCGGUCAUUCCGAAUUUUACGGGCCCAAGUUUCUGCUGGAUCACGAUCUCGUCCUUGUCACCGUAAACUUCCGACUGGGACCAUUGGGUUUCCUAAGCACGGAGGAUCUAGAAUGCCCGGGGAAUUUUGGAUUGAAGGAUCAACAGCAAGCCAUGCGAUGGGUGCAGGAGAAUAUCGUUUCCUUCGGUGGUGAUCCGAACAGAGUGACUCUUUUCGGCGAAAGCGCAGGAGGCGCGAGUGCUCAUUAUCAUAUGGUCAGCCCUCUCUCAAAAGGUCUUUUUCACCGAGCUAUCUCGCAAAGCGGUAACUUUUACAAUCCAUGGACUUUAACGCCACCGAGAUCUGCCCGGAAGAAGGCCAUGAUUAUGGGUAGAAAUUUAGGGUGUAACACCGAAAAUUCCGCAGAACUCAUCAAAUGUCUGCGAACAAAAACCGAUACGGAAAUUAUUGGUACCGAUCGUCUUUUCCAGCAUUAUGGUUAUUGUCCAAUGAUACCCUUCAAACCAGUAAUCGAGCCUAAACACGUAGGUGCUCUUUUGACGGAAGAUCCAUUAAUUUCCGUGCGACAAGGUCGUUUAGCUGAUAUACCUUGGAUGACGGGAAUAACAUCUGAAGAAGGAACACUUAAAGUAGCAGGUAUCUACGGACGAGAUCAGAACGAACAUGUGAAGAAAUUGAAUAAUGAUUUCCACAAUGUUGCACCUCUCAGCUUGUUUUACGAAGAGCGAUAUGAUCUUCGAGAUACGCAAUUUCGAGAUGAGAUGAGCACUAAUAUCCGUGAAUUUUAUUUCGGCAAUAAAGACAUCGAUCAAUCUGAGGAAACUAGAUUUAAAGUCAUUGAUAUGUAUAGCGACGCGUGGUUUAAUCACGGUACUCACGAAGCUGUUCAAGAAUUUAUUGCGAAUCAAACUUCACCGAUUUAUUACUACUAUUUCACGUACAGAGGAAGCGCGUCUUUCAGUACAAUAUUCGGUGAUACCGAGAAAAAUUAUGGAGUAUCGCACGCGGAUGAGCUGCAGUAUUUAUUCCCCGUGGGUGAACAAUUGUUCAAGGAUACGGAGUUGUCUAAUGAGGAUCAUAAGAUAAUCGAUAUCAUGACCCAACUAUGGUACAAUUUCGCAAAUUCCGGAAAUCCGACGCCAAAGGUUACAAAGUUAAUUCCCUUGAAGUGGAAACCGGUGAAAACAAGUUCUUCACCGGAGUAUCUAUAUAUAGGAAAUUCGACUAAGAUAAUUAUGGAUAGUAAUCUUCUCUCCAAGAGAAUGACAUUCUGGGAUGAGCUAACACAUCGAAUGAAGUUCCAUGGUGCGGAUAUAAGGAAUUUUAAGGACGAGUUGUAAUUUUCAAUUUUAUUACUCGCAUACAUUUUUAUAUAUCGUACAAAAAGAUUCUUCAUUUGAUUGUAAAAAAUCCAAAGCUGAGAUCUCUUAAGAAGUCUUAAAAACUGAUUUUGAAAAAUUAUUUUUAAAUCUCUUUUUGCUGGAAAAUUCAU